CCACCACCUGCUGCGACUCGCCUCGGCGAAGCUGCCACCGCGGCACAUGCCCUCCUCACCACCCUCUUCUCCCUCACCUUCGCCGCCUCGGCGUGGGCGUGCAGCGUUGACCACGUGCACAGCCACUCGCGGCGGCGGCACCUCCACUCCCUCGCGUCGCGCCGGCAGUGGCAGUGGCAGCAACGGCAGCACUCGGCGACGCAGUGCCCUCACGACCGGCAGCGGCGGCGACGGUGCAGGCCCUUCGCGCUCGACCAUGAACACUACCGCCGCGGGACGAAGCCCGCUCGCAGAGAUUCCCCUCUGGCUGGCGGACGCCAAUGCGGCGGCGCGCGCACGGGAGUGGCAGGCGCGCGAAGAUGCAGAGGCGGCGCAGUGGGGCACGCGGUCCUCGCCCAUCCCCGCUGGCUCCACGCCCGUCCGUGCGCCCGAGCGCCAGGCGCACACGCGAGCUUCUCGUCGUAUCCGACGAGCGCGCCUCUCUCCCACCGCACGCACCAGCGAGCUUCCGCCUCACACACCUCGCCAUCUCGCGCGUCUCGAGGCAGACGGUCUCGGACGCGCCAGUGCCGCUCUGACGGACUCGCCUCUUGCAUUCCGCCACUAUCGCGGCGCGCCUACCACUGCUGCUCGCACAGCUACCACGGGCAGCGCAGCGACAGACUUCUCUUUCCUGCGCCACAACUCUGCUGGCGUCUUGCGUCCCGGUCCGCGCACUAGCGCGUCUCCUCGUCGUCUCGCCACUGCGGUCUCGAGCGCUGCUGCACUGCGUCGCGAGUCCUCAAGCUCUCUCCGCGCCGGUCCAAGUCCGCCUCGCGUCCGUCGCGUGGCCUCUCCUCCACUCGUACACGCUCCUCGUACGCCUUCGAUGGGUCGCAUCAACACGCAUGCCUCACCGCACGAAGACGUCGACGUUUCCUUCGCGCCGACGACGCCGGGCCUCACCGAAGCUGGCGACUCCUCCUUUGCCAGCUCCAUCUUGCCCUCUCCUCCGCGCGGCGGCAUGCUUCUGCCGUCGACGCCUCCGCGGCGUCGUCGUCGCUCUGCCGAAGACGGCGGCAGCAAUGCGUCUCCCUCGCAUGCGGACGACGAAGAGGAGCAAGGCGUAGAUGAGAACACGCCCAGUCCUGUUCGGCGACAGCGCGAGAAGCAGGCGAGAGAUGCAGCUAUCCGCCAGGAGCUGCAGCUGCAACAGCAGCAACAGCUUGGAGGAGCUGCUCUCAUCGCGCCUUGAAGCCCCUCGUCACGACCUCGCUUGAUCCUCUCACGACCUCAUCUCUCACCUCGACGGCCCUUUCUCGCUCUUCUCACCGCGCGCCGGCUUUGCACGCGUCGCGCCUUUCUCUUCGCUCCACACAUCCUCCCUCAUUGUUCCAUACCCCUGACCCGCCGCGCGCGCUUCAUACUAAGACAUACGAUUUUCGCCA